CUGCUGUUGGCUACAACAAGAAGAUGAGUCGCAAGCACCAGAUUCUUGAGCUUUGCGACAAAGUCCACAGGGAUCUGAAGCUCGCCGGCCUUCCAACGGACGGCUGCGCUACUGACGGCACGAAGCACUCAAGCAUUGCGGCGAUGUGGUCUUCGGAGCUUGGUUUGGGACCCAUGGCAAACUCGGCGCUACCGGCGGGGGGGGAUGAGGCGACAGGCACCACCACCCCACAAGAAAAAAUCGGCGACAAGUCUGCAAAAGCACGGCCUCAAUCCACAAAACCAGCGUCUAGCAACAGCACCGGCGGCGACGGCGGCGGCGGAGCAGUGCAAUGGUACGAGCGAGCGUACGACUACUGGGAGGACGGCGACAACUGCCCGGUUGACGAUGACGGAGUCCUGGGCGGCUACGGACACAUAUCCCCCACCGACAUAGCUGGCUCGGCGGCGUUUCUGGACGAGCUGAAGAGUAUGAGACCUCUCCUUGGCGACGAAACCGCGGCAGAUUGUGGCGCGGGCAUCGGCAGGGUCACGAAGCACUUGCUGCUCGAUCGGUUCGACGCCGUCGACAUCGUGGAGCAGAGCCCGCGGCUCAUUCAGGCCGCGCCCAAGUACGUGGGGCGAGAUAGAGAUCGCACGACCUGCGUGUGUGUUGGUCUGCAGGACUUCUUCCCCCCGGAGGACAGCUACGACCUCGUCUGGAUCCAGUGGGUGGUCGGACACUUCACGGACGUGGACCUCCUCAAGCUUCUCGCCCGGUGCCGGUCGGCGCUCCGAAAGGGUGGGCUCAUCGUGAUCAAGGACAACGUCAUCGGGGAAGGGGAAGGGGCCUUCAAGGUGGACAGCGAGGACAGCAGCAUGACGCGGUCGCUCGGCUACUUCCGAAGCCUGUUCAACCACGGCGGGGUGAGGGUGGUGCACCAGACCCAACAGAACGGCUUCCCCGGGGAGCUGUUUCCCGUGUACAUGUUCGCCUUAGAGUAGUAGGUCGUGCAUGUAUCCGUCCCAGCGCGCGGCUCGCAGACACUCACGCACGUGGUGGGCGUUUCCCAUGCUGUGCUAUUAGAUACCUGUAAAAUAUGCGUACGAUGUCUGGGGGGGGGGAGUGGGUGCCCCUCUUGUGUGUGGGGAGAGGUCGGUAACAUCAGUAGUGUGCCGGUGUGGCCCAUCAUUGCAGCUUCGUACGGGUUUUGAUAAACACAGAGCAUGUAGAAGGAAAAGUAGACCGCAGGUUCUGGAGGUGUAUUUGAACGCAACAACAGCGUCCGAGUCUUUGAGGAUAGGGUAACGAUGAGGUAUGAACAAUUGGUGCGCAGAACGGACCACUCGCGGCGCACACGUUCCUAGGUUGACCUUCCAAUGUUAACAGCUUGCGCGAAUGUGUUGCUGUUGCCUGGCAUCUGUGUAACUACCUCGUCGAUUUGUAGUGUAUGUAGCCUAGUAGUUGCAUAUAUAUAGGUCACUCUUUGUUGUCACGGUGGUUGGUUGGUUGGUUGGUUGUCGCACACCAUCAAAAGUACGUGGUUUGUUUUACCUUGCGAACUGCGCAAACACGCUCGCGUCUUGGGGAAGUUGGCUACACCCUCGGUAGAAGGAGACCCGGGUAGGUACCCAGUCUUGAGAUUUGGAAGGAGGAGCAAGUCUCGAAACAUACGCCAUCUUCCAAGUGGGGAAAGCAGCCGUGGCACACGGCAACCUAUGAUCUUAUUAUCCACGUAAGAAUAAUAUGAGGUGGGGGAUGGUUUUGUGUGAAGAGAAACUGACAGACUUCUGGUUGGCUCAUCGAAACGAGGUGCAUGAAUGAGAUAUGAGUUGGAAGCACAGAGCUGCAGUGUAGCUCAUUCUUCAGAGACGAUUCUUGUUCCAGACCAAGCGG